AUGCUCUGCGAAUCGGGACCUGGUCCGCUGGGCUCGGGCGCCGCGGGCUCGGGCGGGGGCGUGCAGCCCGCGCUGGCCGCCCCUUUCCCCUGGCUCGCCGCCGCCGCCUUCGACCCCGCCUCGCUGCAGAGGUCCGCCGCCGCCUUCGCCUCCCAGGUCGUCAAGGAACGCCUCUCAGAAUUCCGGUUAUCCGAAGACGGCAUUUCGACAACGACCUUCCCGAUGACCAGGCGGAUCGGCCACCCGUACCAGAACCGGACGCCGCCCAAGAGGAAGAAGCCGCGCACGUCCUUCACGCGGCUGCAGAUCGCCGAGCUGGAGAAGCGCUUCCACCGGCAGAAGUACCUCGCGUCCGCGGAGCGGGCCUCGCUCGCCAAGACGCUCAAGAUGACCGACGCCCAGGUCAAGACGUGGUUCCAGAACCGGAGAACAAAGUGGAGGAGACAGACGGCGGAGGAGCGCGAGGCGGAGCGGCAGGCGGCCAACCGGCUCAUGAUGUCGCUGCAAGCCGAGGCGCUGAGCAAGGGCAUGUUCGAGCGGCCGCCCCUCCAGCACCACCACCCCGCCGACCAGGGCAGGGGCGGCGCCCACGGCGGCGGCGGCGGCGCCGGGCUCAACGGCGACCACCCGGCCGCGCCCGGCAGCCCGCCCCAGCAGCACCCCGCGCCGCCUGGCCCCCCGGGGGCGGGCGCCCUGAGCGCGUUGCAGAACCUGCAGCCGUGGGCCGGCGUGGGGCCGCCUCCGCCGCCGCCCCCGCUGCGGGGCCGCAGCCCCAGCGAGCCGCCGCCCGCCACCCACCAGCCGUACCACACGCCCAUCGCCUCGCCCAUCUGCUGAGGGAGCCGGGGGAGGGGAGGCAGCAAUCGAAACCAAGUGAUAUUUCCGUGAUAUGGACAAGUAUUUUUGUUUAGGUAAAAAAAAAGAAUUUGUAAGGCUUUCCGCUUUCAAAGGCACACGUCACCGCCGAGGCUUUCGGCAGCAAGGCGUGGCGGAGUAGGCGGGGCAGCGCGUCGUGAUCGGGUCUAGUCCGAUGCAGAUGGAAGGGAAUCGCCGGUCUAUGCAACACGGAUUGCACCAGCCAAUCUGCGAGGCACGACCACAGUGCAAGUCAUAUUUGAUAAAUGAAGAAAAUGCCGCGCGCCGGCCGCAAAAAGGCAUCUUGGCGGCAUUUAGCGGCGUGCCGGUGAUUUGCCGUCGUUUCUCAUAAUCGUCGCGUACUUCCUACGUGGUCCUCGGAGAUUGCAAAAACAUCCGUCAAGGCCGUGAUUCGUUGGCUGGGCAGCCCGUGUUACCCGUUGCGGGAUUUGGAACGGAAGGAGGUAAACUUCUUGUUUUGGAACGAGUUGACCAAAUAUUAUCUACUUAGGGAAGUUCUUAAUUUCAAUCUUCAAUCAGCUUUAAUAAAUUAUUUCACAAUGUAAUUUCCGCUCUCUAAAAUUUGUUUAGUGGGACGAAUGUAAAUUAAUUUUACACGCCGUAUUAUUGUUUGUGGGUAAAGCCUGUGUAUGUAAUAGAGCUUCCAACCAUACUAGGAGUAUGAAAAUUAGAAAGUGCAAUAUGACAAAAUAGUCAACUAUGAUUUUUACGGAAGUGUUUCAUGAAUUGUUUAAAUCUUGAUUAUUGAAAUUGUUUUGUUUUAGCUUACAUAAUAAUGUUAAAUAAACCUGUACAUUUUUUUUUAUUAAUUGAGUCAGUGAUUUUAUUGUGUACAUAAAAAUUAUUGAUCUCUUUUAGUUAUGGCCGUAAGUACCACUUUUGAUUGUACAUGCUAAUGAUUAUCUUACAAAUUUGUACAUAUUUCGAAAGUAUACAUAUCGAUAUUCACGAAAUACAGAAGCAUUUGAAUAGAAACCUG